GACUUUGCGGCUCUUUUGGGCCCCCUUACUCGAAACAUAUCAUGCAGAUGACUUGGAAUGUGUGUCGUUUUAACCCCUUUCCCACCACUGUGGCGAUCUCGGAGACUUGGCGAGCUUCCCAUUCCAAGCUUUCGUAUCCGACUUGGCGGGCGAAAAGUUAGCGCGUCCUUACUUCGAACAAGUGCCACACGCACACAGCCCAUGUGAGCGCCCGACCCGGCAAGGAUGGGCAUCUUGGCCAAAGCCUUCGCCGUGUCGGCAGCUGCCGCAGGGGCGGCAUACCUGGGCGGCCCAUCUCUCCUGGACCACAUCCGACGGCAUCAACUGCUACGAUCGCUCAAUCUCGGCCGCCCCUGGGACAGGGGCCCCACAGGCGACCCGCCGCCUCCCUGGACCUGCGCCACCGACCACAAGUACACGACGCAGAUCAUCUCGGUGGACCCGCUCCUCAUCUACAUCGCCGACUUCGUCCACCCCUCCGAGGCGGCCGCCAUAAUCGACAUGGGCACCCCACUCCUGGCCCCGUCCCCGCUCACCGGCGGCCCCGGCGCCUCCGACACGACGGGCCACCAGUCGCGGACCUCGUGGUCGGCGCCCCUGCCCCUCCUCGACACGCCGACGGCCGUGGGCUGCGUCCUGGCCCGCGCCUCGGCCCUCCUCGGCACGUUGCUCGCGCCCGGCCGCGACGACGUCGGCGCCCCGCAGAUGGUCCGCUACGAGGCUGGGCAGCGGUUUGACGCGCACCGCGACUGGUUCGCGCGGCCCAGGCUGGCGCCCGCCGACGCCGAGGCCGGGCGCAGGAGGCUGUACAACCGCGUCGCCACGCUGUUCGUCGUGCUGCAGGCGAACCACUCCGCCGGCGGGGAGACAUGGUUCCCGCACGUGGGGCCGUUCGCGGCGGGGAAGGAAGAGGCGGCGGAGGAAGGGGAGGGGAAGCGGGUCUGGAGGGAGCAUGAGGACGGCGGGUUGGCUUUCAGGGCGGUGCCUGGGAAUGCGCUGUUCUGGGUCAACCUGUUCCCGAAUGGGACGGGGGAUGAGCGCGUGUUGCAUGCUGGCUUGCCUAUCAAGGAUGGAGUGAAGACGGCGAUGAAUAUCUGGCCUAGGGCGUACUUUGGACCGGACGCGUGAGGUGGUGCUGCAAAGUGUGGAAAGGGGUAACUGGGAGUAUUUGGUUUGGUUAUGCUUGCAUCAUGGACACGUAGUUGACAUAUGCUCCAAU